UUUCAGGUGAAUCAGUCCCCAAGUGCUUCUUUCAACUUGUCAUUUGGGUUUGAGUUUGAUGCCGCAGGAUUGUCAGAAGUUGAUAAAAUGGAGCAAUUACAUCUCUGUCAUAACCCUGCUCUGCAAUCUCCUGUUACCGUGCCUCUAAAGGAUGCUGCAGAAGGAAAUAUUACACCAAAGAUGACCCUUCAGGCCUUUUCUCCACAUAUUAACAGCAGCAAAACGAAUGGAUCUGCAUUGAACAAGUUUGGACGUGCCAGGGAGCGCAUUUCUACGCCUAUUGAGGACUCUGAACAUGUGGCACUGUUUUUGUCAACUCACUCACCUGUGUUUUCUCCUGUCACUGGUGCUUUCGAAAAAUUUGAAAAUAGCAAUGACAAGUCACAAGCUUUGAGAAGGAGUUUGGUGAAUCAAGCUGCUCAUGAUAGCAAAAGGUAAAGCCAUUAUCAUAAGUCAUAUAGAUAAUAUAAUAUUUUAUAAACUAACUAAGAUAGUAGGCGCAUUCUGAUUGGUUAAAAACCUAUGGUUUAUUAUGCCUGGCCCAGUAAACUCAUAGUUUACUUAAAGUUAUUUUAUAAAAGCAAUAGACCACACUUUCUUUGGGUUUACAGGCGUGAUAACCCACUUAGGAUGUUGGGAGAACACUCGAAAAGCUUGUAAACCCGAAGUAGUCAAUCAAUAAAAAUCGGUAUUGAUUUAUCAAUCGAUAAAUCGAUAAAAAUCGGUAAACCUGAUUUGAUUUACAUCAACUGUAUCAAUCAAUCGGUAGAAUCGAUGACACACUCGUUUCGUUUAUCGAUUUAUAAAUAUACUAUUAGAUUUUACCCAUUCCAUUGAUUUUUAUUGGAAGAUACAUCUGUUCUUCUGUUCAUCCAAAAAUGAAAACUGAUUUCUUGCAAACAGUGAAUUUGUUGACAAUUGAGUUGCAAUUGAGAGUUGAAGGAUCAAACAAUUUAUUAUCACUUUUUUAAAAAAAGGUUUAAAAAAUCUUAUCUUUUCUUUAAAACCUGCUAGGCGCUUUAAAGUCUUCUUUGGAUGGCCAGUAUUGUUCAGGUUUUUUAUUUUUCCCAGUUUUUGCACAAUUUAGAUCUGCCGCCCUUUAGUUUAUCAAUUUUCACCAAUUUCCGUCAUCAAUCUUGAUUUUUAUUGAUACCGAUUUUUAUUGAUUGAGUACUCUGGGUUGUAAAUCACUUGCCUCAGCUCAUGAUUUACAAGUUUUUCUGGUGUUCUCCCAACAUCUCGCAUGGGUUAUCAUGCCAGUAAACUCAUAUAAAGUGUAGUCUAUUGCUUAAAUAACUUACAUCAGGUUCCUAAAAAACGAGGUGAAGCCAAGAGUUUUUACUCCUUAUAAUACACGACUGUGAGUUUUUUGAACAGCUUCAAAAUCUCUGAUAUAGAUCAACUCACUACUGCACUAAUAUUUAGGGAAAGUUCAUUUAAUAUAACAAGGGGGGGGGGAUGAAGAUAUUGAGGGGGGGCUCCGAAAAUUUUUAGACACCCGAAGGGGGGGCUCUGAAAAAAUUGUUGCGCUAGGAGGGGGGGCUCCGAAAAUUUGUAUACUUCAAAACCAACACAUGACAUCAUCAUACAGAUCGGAUGGUUUUCAACUCAACAAUUUANACUUUCUUUGGGUUUACAGGCGUGAUAACCCACUUAGGAUGUUGGGAGAACACUCGAAAAGCUUGUAAACCCGGAGUAGUCAAUCGAUAAAAAUCGGUAUUGAUUUAUCAAUCGAUAAAUCGAUAAAAAUCGGUAAACCUGAUCUGAUUUACAUCAACUGUAUCAAUCAAUCGGUAGAAUCGAUGACACACUCAUUUCGUUUAUCGAUUUAUAAAUAUACUAUUAGAUUUUACCCAUUCCAUUGAUUUUUAUCGGAAGAUACAUCUGUUCUUCUGUUCAUCCAAAAAUGAAAACUGAUUUCUUGCAAACAGUGAAUUUGUUGACAAUUGAGUUGCAAUUGAGAGUUGAAGGAUCAAACAAUUUAUUAUCACUUUUUUAAAAAAAGGUUUAAAAAAUCUUAUCUUUUCUUUAAAACCUGCUAGGCGCUUUAAAGUCUUCUUUGGAUGGCCAGUAUUGUUCAGGUUUUUUAUUUUUCCCAGUUUUUGCACUUUAGUUUAUCAAUUUUCACCAAUUUCCGUCAUCAAUCUUGAUUUUUAUUGAUACCGAUUUUUAUUGAUUGACUACUCUGGGUUGUAAAUCACUUGCCUCAGCUCAUGAUUUACAAGUUUUUCUGGUGUUCUCCCAACAUCUCGCAUGGGUUAUCACGCCGGUAAACUCAUAUAGAGUGUAGUCUAUUGCUUAAAUAACUUACAUCAGGUUCCUAAAAAACGAGGUGAAGCCAAGAGUUUUUACUCCUGAUAAUACACGACUGUGAGUUUUUUGAACAGCUUCAAAAUCUCUGAUAUAGAUCAACUCACUACUGCACUAAUAUUUUAUAGAUUUGGGCUUAUUUUGGUCUAAAAAAUUGAACGUUAAGUUUAGCCACGGGUGUCUUUAUUAGAUAUUACGACACUCAUGAAACAUUAAUUUCUUGUGUUUUUCCUUUAUGAAUUAUUAAUGACUUUCUGAAUUAUUUUUCCUGACUACCAAAACAAAUGGCCAAACAAUGGGUCUUAGGUACCAAAGAGUUCACUUAAUCAUUUAAGAAUUUAUCUAUAGUCCCUUUUUGGUUAUACUGUGAGUGCCAGUCACAAUAAUAAAAAAAUUGGAACUGUCUCUUUUUUCAUCUUCCACAUUUGGGCUAUUUCAAUUUCCAAAUUAAUCCCUAUGCUUUGGGAGUUUCUUGACUACCUUUAUUGAAGUAUCUGUCACAUGGUAUUGCCAAGUUUAGUCAAUGAUUUGGCAUUUAUUAUUUUUAGCAUCCUUUAUCAUGAUGCUAGGUUUUUUAUAAUCAUAAAUUAAUAAUAAUUAUUUAUCACUACUAUCUGCUAUUUUUUUCUUUAGUCAGCUAUCAGUGGCUCUUUCAGCGUCUCUCAGUAGGAGCAUCCUGGAGCCUGAAGUAAGCAACUCUGGGAGCCCCUUGGAGCUAUCCUCCUGGGGCCUCCCUCCUGAGGUUCUGAGAAAGUACAAUGAGAUGGGGAUCACACAUAUGUUCGAGUGGCAAGCUGCUUGUCUACGAACAGGAAAGGUACUCACUGGAGGUGAGUUAGGAAAAUUAAAUUCUUACAAGUGAUUAUUAAUAGAAGGGGAGGCUGUUCCCAAAGAAAAGUAACCCCUUUUUAUACCUUUUGUUUAAAAAUGGUACCCCUUUCACACACUUAGUUUAGAAUGUUGUAUAAAAUUCCUUUUAUCAUAUUAUAUACAAAAUUUAAUCGAAGUCAAGGAGAAGUCCUCCUACAACCUUAGAUCAAAUGAUGAACUGUUACUGGCCUCACUGACAUUCAACUCUAAAAAGACCUUAGGCGACAGGGCUUUCCAAGUGGCUGUGCCCACUCUAUGGAACAAACUUCCAAGAGUAUUUAGUAUGGAAACAAGCUUGAAGCCUUUUAAAGCCAAAUUAAAAACUUUACUUUUUAAAGAAGCCUAUGAUUUGUAGAUUUACGACUCAUGAAUGACUUAUCAAUUAACGUUUUUAAGAUCAGUCACUUAGUUUCAAUACAUUUUUUUUAAUUGAAUCUUGCAAUUGCCUUUUUAAUAAUUAUUGUAUAUAUGGAGAGAAUUAUGCUAAAUUUUUAGGUUUUUUUUAAAGAAAUUUUACACAAAAUUUUAUAUAAUAUUUUGAUUUUAAUUUUUAAUUAGUUAUUUAUUUAUUUUAUUUGUUUAUUUGCUUUUUUUCCUUUUUUUGUUGUUAGUGUGCAUUAGAUCAUAUAUUUAAAUGCUAUUUUGCACCGUAUAAAUAUUAAAGUAUUAUUAUUAUCAUUAUUAUCUGCUCUAAAGGUAUGAAUACAGUCAACUCUCUGUCAAUGGACACCUCUAUUAGAAGGGCACUUCUCUGUAAAAGAGAGACCGAGAAAUGGUCCCUCCCUUUAUUUGACUCUCUGUAAGACGGGCAUCCCUCUUAGAUGGACACUUAGUGCUGGUCCUGACGGUGUCCAUCUUUAAUAAAGAGAGUUGACUGUAAAUCACCAAAUUAGGAAGUUUUUUUGGCUUUUUUCACGUACCCAAAAGACGCAUCCGUUAGCCGUUUUAGGUCCUUUCAUAGACUGCAAUGACAGAUGUCCCCAAUACUGUUCUACUUGUAAAAUUCCUACCCUGCCACAUGUCUAAAACCUGAAAAAGGUACCUCUUUCGGGCGGAACCUCUUCGUAGGCCUAUAUUGGGAUCCGCCCCAGGCCCCAGGUGUCAUGUCUUUUCAUCGGAGUAGCCUGCAAAGUAGCCUGCGAACAGCAAACGCAUUUCCGGUCGUCGCUUCUCUCCCUCCGAAAAAUAUUUUUAUAUAUAAUAUAUUUUACUAUUUUUCGGAGGGAGAGAAGCGACGACCGGAAAUGCGUCUGCUGUUCGCAGGCUACCUGCAAAGCGGAUACGUGUACUUUUAUCAGUUCAGUUUUACAAUGUUUUCAUCUUUUUAGGUCAGCUUCAAAGCUUUUGUCCGUGACACUAUGUCUUCAACCGCCCUCACAACAUAAACACAUAAAUAAAAUAAAAUAUAUAAUUAAUACAAUGUAAAUGGCACGCAAAAAGAGCGUUACCUGCCAGAGAGGGGGGACUUGCGCGUCCUUUUCCCUCGUAAACGUUGCUUUUGAUCCCACGUUAAUUCCAGGUAUACAUGUACUUCAUAUUUUAAGUAGUUUCCACACAGGCCCCCCGCGAGAUGGUCGCGCGUUUUAUUCGCUUUACUCUCUUUGACAACACAAGGAGUUUCAUGCCGGGGGGAGGGGAGGUGCGGGGGUACUCCACACAUCUUUAUACGGGGAGGCUCCGCCCCGAUGUCCGACCCCUUACUCUUUUAUGUACUAUUUCUGAGAGAAAAGGUAUCGCUUUCGUAUACCUUCCAUUGACAAAUCUUACCCCUCUCAAAAACCUAGCUUAGAACUAUGCAUUCGUUUUCGCUGCCGUAAAUUUACUGUCUUUAAAAAUAAUAUAAUCAAUAAUUCACAAAACCAGAGCGUUUUCUCAACGUUUUCACAGCCAUAACAUGCAUCUUUUAGCCCCAUUGGGCCUUUUUACACACCAAAAUGACAGAUUUCACCACCUUUUCAUACACUUUAAGGCGUAAAAUCCCUACCCUUUCAUAUACCUGAAGACUGAAAAAGGUACCCCUUUCCGGCGGAGCCUCCCCGUAUAGGCCAUUAUAGGGAGUACCCCCCCCGGGGGGAGGGCUUCUCGUAGUUUAGGUCAGCGAUUAAAAUGUCGAUAUGUUUCUUGCAGGCAAUUUGGUGUAUUCGGCCCCGACAAGUGCAGGGAAAACCAUGGUAGCAGAGCUACUUAUGUUAAAACGAGUGCUGGAAACAAAGAGGAAAGCGCUCUUUAUUCUGCCCUUCAUCAGCGUCGCACGUGAAAAAAUGUUUUACCUGCAGGUAAUUACCGAAGCUGUAUAGUACGUAAAUGAAAUGGUUUGAAUACAGGUUGCAUGGGUGUGUUUCGGCAUGAAUGUAAUCCUAAAUAUUCUAAACUUUCGACAACCUGCGCAUUCAUCGCAGUCAAAGUGAGCUCUGUGUCGUAGAGUUCGGUAUUUAACUCUGCUUUAUAUUGACCUGAUAAGUCAGUUAAGUCGCCACCUAACUGACAAGUUGAAGAGUCAGUCACUUCUUUUGCGUGCAGUGCUCUCCUAAUGUAGAUGGUCAUUGCGUCGGAAGGGCGAAUUUCUAAAUGCGUUUCUUAUCGUAUUUUUGUCUAUUUUUGACGCAACUUUUUUAGCUGCCCUCGCCCCAUCAUUCCUCUUGGUGGCCGCACUACCAAUUCGUAAUUGCUACUCAUAAUUAAUCUAUUCAUUAACGAAGGAAACUAUGCCCAAAGAUCUUCUUUAACAACCAUACUGUACUUGUUCUCUGUCAUAACUUUGUAGUAACGAUUAAACAUUUUAGACCGUCAGUUGAGCUGUUCAGGAAAACAUACUUCCAAUGCAAAUGUAAGGAAGCCAUUUAGCGAAAGUAAGAAGUUAGCUCGAAUAGCCAACUUCGCAGCGUUUUCUUCUCAGAUUUUCUUCAGCAUUUCAUUUUGUAACGUGCGUUUGGCCUACGAUGACGACCGUAGACGAAAUUCAAACUACGAAAACUUUGAAUUUUCGCAUCUUUCGUCCUUUUUAGAGUGCACACCAACCCCGACGUUUACAAUGAGGCAAAUGAGGCAAAAAAAUUAAAACGAAGAUUCGCCCUUAUGCGAGUUUUGCCAUACCACGUGCGUUUAUGAGAGUGUAACGGCUUUUAUGCACAACUUAGUCAUGUCUUGGUGAAAGUUAAAAGCGCUUCUGUCUUGAAGAACCAUUCCGUUGAGCAAUCACCUCCUCCCUUUUCAUUCAAUUUUGAAACACCAGCUGCUGGCUCCAGUUUUUCGAAAGGCGGAUAGUGCUAUUCACUCGAUUAAUUGGUUUCCCUAAUACAUUUUUGCUGGAUAGUGAUUUAUCCGGUGAAUAGCGCUUUCCAACAUGUAAUACUGAGAUCACAUCUGAAUUAAAGCCUGUUUACAUUGUGUAAUCCACUCAAACCCUCAAGACUUGAAAGUUUCAAUUCUUUUCCACUUUUGUUUUUUCAGCGUCUAUUCCAGGAAGCAGGGGUACGUGUUGAGGGGUACAUGGGCAGCCACGCCCCACCAGGGGGGUUUGUAUCUGUAGACAUAGCGGUUUGCACCAUAGAAAAAGCCAACAGUCUGCUGAACAGGCUGCUAGAGGAGAACAAAGCGCUGUCUUCUCUCGGAAUUGUUGUUGUGGAUGAAAUGCAUAUGAUUGGUGAUUCACACCGUGGCUAUCUGCUAGAGCUGUUUUUGACCAAAAUACGAUACAUCGCUGGGUGUAAUGGCGAAACAGAAACGAAUAGAAGUGAAGGUAAAUUAUUGACACUGAACACUAAAAAGAGGUUUUAGAUUCAGCAUAAAGCAGAGUCUCACGUGCUUUUCUCUUCCCUCAUUUUUCUUUGACAUAUUGUACGAGAAUACGCUAACCACCUUCUCUGUCACUUGGAUGGUAAAUCAAGCGUCAUUCGAUCAAACUCGAUUUCCUCUGCCUUAUGUAUUCUAAAGCAGGAAGAUUUUUAAUCAUUUCAUUGAAUUUUUCAGCGUCCCUGAUCGAUGACACUUUGCCUUUGGUUGGCAACGAGAUAAACAUUGACUAAACAGUUCAAUUUUUGUUUUGAUUUUAGUUGUUAUAAUAGCAUUUCACACAUCGGUAAAUUAAUAUUUCCUUUGGAAUUGCUAAUUCUCCAACCAAAUGAACUUUCUGUCUUAAGAGCUUAUUAAGACAUUUUUAGGAGACAUAGUGAUCGAGUGGUUAGAGCGUCGGACUUUUAUUCCGGAGGCCCCGAGUUCAAGUCUCGCUCUGGCCCGGGUUGCUCGAAGCAUGGUUAGUGCUAACCAGCGUUAAGUACCUUGGAAACCUAUACAUUUUGAUACCUCUUAACCAACGGUUAGCGCUAACCAGGCUUCGAGCAACCGGCCCCUGACCGCUAGCUGGAUUUGUUCUCGGUAGUCUCGAGUUCAAAUCUUCAGCCACGCUUGUAAAUAGCCAACUGGUUUGCCUCCUACCAGUCGGUAUUCUUAACCAUGUUAUGCUCAAUUUUAAUUAUUUGUUUCAUAAUCCCUGAAAAGCCCCAUAAGAGUAGAGGAUAAUUAAGUAUUUAGAAUUGAGAUUUUUUUAAAUUUGUUUUUAUUAUAUAGAGGAUAUUACAUGGCCGCGCGGAGAUACGAAAUUUCUCUUCGUGUGUUGAAAAAUAUUUGCGCGAACGAGUGAAAUAUUUUCAACACGAGAAGAGAAAUUUCGUAUCUCCAAGCGGCCAUGUAAUGUUCUAUUUAUUAUAUAAACACCAAUGAAAUACCAAACCAUUUCACUGAAACAGUUUUUUCCUGCGAAAGGCGCGAUUUAUUAUGUGACCAUAGCAACGGUGAUAUUUUCACAUGUGAAAAUAACAUGUUAUUUUCACGUGUGAAGAUAUCAUGUUUUCGCGCGAAAGCUCACCUGGUAUUUCAUUGUUGUUUAUAUAAUAAAAAUCUGUUUUUAUUGCCUCAUGGUAUUUGACGCGCCGACCUUGUCACGAGAUAAACAAUUCCUGCAUGUACUCCUCUAAGUACCUGAAUACUGACAUAUACAUUCUUUUUAUAAACUAAGGUUAAGCUAAUUGAAAAUAGUUCGACAAGCUUUCGUUCAUUGACACCCUCCUUUGACUUUGCAGUAAACGACUCAUCGCCAGCGAUACAGAUAGUUGGUAUGAGCGCAACCUUACCCAACCUUGACAUGCUCGCAAAGUGGUUGUCCGCUGACCUAUAUUUCACCGACCAAAGGCCUGUACCGCUGACCGAAAUGAUCAAAGCAGGCUCGACUCUUUAUGACGCCAGUAUGAACAAGAUUCGAGAAAUCAGAGGUGGCACUGUCAGCGGAGAUGAGGAUCACGUGAUUCCUUUAUGCAAGGAGACGAUAUCGGAAGGACACUCUGUCUUAGUCUUCUGCCCGACAAAAAACUGGUGUGAGAAGCUGGCAGAGUCCAUUGCUAAGCAUUUUUUUGACAUUGGAAGCUUGGCUGUGAAGGAAAGUAAUAUUUCUUCUGCUACAGGUGGUGGAUUUGUCAAAGCUUCAGAGCUACUAACGUUUGAUUAUAUGGCACUGAAGGAAGUAAUAGAACAGUUAAAACGCACACAAGUAGGCUUGGACUCAGUCCUCUCACGCACAGUCCCUCACGGGGUCGCAUUUCAUCACGNGCUACAGGUGGUGGAUUUGUCAAAGCUUCAGAGCUACUAACGUUUGAUUAUAUGGCACUGAAGGAAGUAAUAGAACAGUUAAAACGCACACAAGUAGGCUUGGACUCAGUCCUCUCACGCACAGUCCCUCACGGGGUCGCAUUUCAUCACGCAGGACUCACCUUUGACGAGAGAGACAUUAUUGAAGGAGCCUUUAGACAAGGGUCCAUUCGAGUACUCGUGGCGACCUCUACAUUGUCGUCAGGUAAGAUCCCACGGAAAAAAUGGUCCUUUCUCCCGCUAUUAAAACAUCAAAUGCAAUUCAUAGAAAUUCUUAUUUCAUAAAAGCUUACAAUCUACAGGAAAACUUUCUUUAAAACAUUAUUCUUAUACAGAUAUAUUCCCUAGUUCUCCUUGACCACAAUAAUCUUGUAACAGCUUCAGUCUUUGUAGCCUUGUAAUAAAGCGUUGACUGUAGCUUGCUCUUAGAAGCACAGUUAAUUAGAUCGAGAUCCCAAGUUCGAUCCACGGUGACAUCACAUCUUUCUUUCAUCUUCUCUCCUUUCUUUUAGCUAUAAAUAACUUUAAAUACCCUUAAAACGGAGCAUUGAUGAAGGGGUGGGGGGCAGGGGUAAAAUGAGCUCACCAUCGACCUCCAGUUUAUCAGUCGAAUUACUUUCGCGAGUUAUCGACGUAAAAUAUGGCUGCUUAACCUUUUUUAUUAUUUUCAGGCGUAAAUCUCCCUGCGCGGCGCGUCAUAAUCCGUACUCCAAUAUUUCAUGGUAAACUUGUGGAUGCACUGGUGUAUAAACAGAUGGCUGGCCGCGCAGGUCGCAAAGGAGUCGAUGCGCUGGGAGAGAGUGUCCUUAUAUGCAAACCCGCUGAACGACAGAAGGCAGCUUCGCUUUUGAAUUCUCAGCUAAAAGCUGUUCACAGCUGUUUGCUAGGUAUGAAUAAAGUUUCCAUGUUUGUAUGUCGCGUUUUCAUGGACGCGGUUUUGUUGGAAUAGGUCUAGUAUGUAUGUAUGCGCAUGCUGUUUACCUGUCAAAGAGCUGGAUGCAGAAUGCAGCUGCCAGGGUUAUCUGCCAUAUUGAACGCUUUGAUCAUAUCACUACCUCCUUAUUUAGCCUACGUGCGCUAUCAAUUAGACACAGAAUUCAGUUUAAAUUUUUACCGUUCAGCUGUAAAGCCUUUAAAUGGACUUGUUCCUGCAUAUAUUACAGAACUCUCUGUCAGUAGUAUAAUCUCAUUUUAUUGUUUAUAGCAAUGGGAUAUCCCUUCGUUUUCUUUAUUUUAACUUUACAAGCUAUAAUGUACAAAUUCAUGUAAUAUUCACCGACGAUAUUGUCAAUCAAUUCGUGCCUUGAUAACAGGCAAUUGGUGCAGGUAACUUUAACAAUUAUUUCAUGAGGUAGGGUAUGAUCUGCGAAUCAUGCAUAUCGAUGAGGGUGUUGUCUGCUUUUUAUUAAAUCAAAGUUCGGUUAUUUGUUCAAAACAUGUGAAGGUUUCCGCCAUUUUCUCCAGUAAGUGAGCAAACGUAACCUCGUCCUCAGGGCUUUUCGGUCACCGUCCCCCUUUUUCGGGCGACGGCGUGUACUUUUGACGUCAUUUUAACGGAUAUCGCAAACGUCUUUCAAAUUUGGGCAACGCUUGCUGCUUAUGAAGAAUUAGAUUUCGGUAGUAAACACGUCAUCAGUAUGAAACUUCUGCAGUCGUUUUCAGACGUCAUCUCGCUUGGAAACCAGUGGUGGCUUCGCGAGAUAUCGGCUGUUUUCUUGGGCUAAACAGAGCAAAACACAUGUCUUUUGAUCGCACACGCAUUGAAAGGCUUUGGCAUCAGAACAAGGCCCACUUCGGGUUCCAGGGUCGGCAGUUCGCAUCCAGGGGGAUUCUUGAAUUUGAAUCUGUGCAGAAGGCGAGCCAACGUAAGGAAAAGUUGAAUCCUUGCUAGAGAUUCACCUGAGCAAACACGACGACCAGCCGAAAAUGGCAGAAAGACAUCAGCUUUUGGAGGGACAAAAUUUCCAUCUUCGUCCAGGAACCUUUGGGGCUUAAAUUCGUUUGGAGCAACCCAGAGGUCCGGAUCGUGAUGUAGGGACCAUAAAUUUACCAACACAACGGUUUCUUUUGGGAUAUGGAAUCCCUGUAGUGUUGUAUCCACGGUCGCUUUAUGAGGAAUCGCCAACGGCCCAGGAGUCGAAAGGCGCAAGGUCUCUGCAAUAGUGGCUUGCAACAGGGGAAGGCUUUUCUCGUCCUUGAGGUCUGGUAAACGAUUUGGUCCAAUAACAUGAUCCAACUCUUGAUGUAACAGAUUUUGGAUUUUUGGAUUGUGAAUGAGGUAUAGCAGCGCCCAGCACAAAGAACCUGAAGUGGUUCCCAGUCCAGCAAUAAACAUCUCACUUAUUGUUAAGAUAAGCUGCUUAUCCGUGAGGAGUUCUUUGAUUGACGCAUUGUCUUUUAUAGCCUCCAUUUUAGCCUUCAACAUGGCGUCUGUCAAAUCUUGAGGGUUCUGCACUCUGUUAGCCUCCACAUGUUCCCGGUAAAUCUUUCCUACCAACUCUUCUCUUUCCUUACAGCUCUGUUUUAAAGUCUUGAUUGAGUUGAAUGGUAUGAACGAGAGCCACGGAAACACGUCCACCACACUUCCUGAUGAAAGCGUUUUCGCUACACCCUUGGUCAUUUCAAGAAACCUAGUAACCUCAGGGUCAUUUAUUCCAUAUUUUGAACCAAACACCAAUGCACAAAUCACAUUCAUCACAGCUAAGGUAAUAUCUUUUGUGAUGUCUUGUGGCUGUCCAUUUCUGGAGCCCACCCUUUCUAAGAGAUGGUCAAGUUCCUCAUUGAUUACUUUCCCUUGUUUCAGCACCUGGUUCACAUACAUUUUAAGCGCCGAGACGGUAAUCUUGUUAUGAAGUCGCCAUUGAUUUGAAUAGUCAGCAAAACCAAUCGCUUUACCUUGUGAGUAAACCUCUGCAGUAUAAAAUCUUGGACGACCGGCGAAUUCGGCUGACUUUCUAACAAGAACUUCUUUGAUAGCAUCUUGGCCGCUAACAACGAUUACAAGCUGGUUGCCGAGGUACAACCUAAAGACGUGACCAUAUAUUUUCUCCAUUGCCAUUAGGUCAAGAUGACGUGUCUCGGCCGCUAAUUUGUGUGCAUUUCCAAUAAUUGGUAAAGGAAAAGGACCAGGUGGAAGAUUUCUGGUUACAGAGAGGCGAUUUACAACGAAUAUGUCGAGGAUAACUGCCAAAAGAUACCACGAGAACUCUUCAAACAUCUUUAUGAUUAUUACGUGAAGAGCUUCCACCGACAUGUUAAGGUUCACGAUUUGGGAAUUGAAUAAUUUACAACAACGUAACGCACGAAAUGCUUAUCAUUUUUUCCCCAAUUUUCUAAUCCCAAGUCGCCCAAGCAUAAAAUCAGGGUGUCAAUUAUAUCCCAAAAAUGGGUCAAUAAAGGAAUACCUUGAACUCGUGGGAUUCUUAAAGAUUUCUCAGNAGCGCCGAGACGGUAAUCUUGUUAUGAAGUCGCCAUUGAUUUGAAUAGUCAGCAAAACCAAUCGCUUUACCUUGUGAGUAAACCUCUGCAGUAUAAAAUCUUGGACGACCGGCGAAUUCGGCUGACUUUCUAACAAGAACUUCUUUGAUAGCAUCUUGGCCGCUAACAACGAUUACAAGCUGGCUGCCGAGGUACAACCUAAAGACGUGACCAUAUAUUUUCUCCAUUGCCAUUAGGUCAAGAUGACGUGUCUCGGCCGCUAAUUUGUGUGCAUUUCCAAUAAUUGGUAAAGGAAAAGGACCAGGUGGAAGAUUUCUGGUUACAGAGAGGCGAUUUACAACGAAUAUGUCGAGGAUAACUGCCAAAAGAUACCACGAGAACUCUUCAAACAUCUUUAUGAUUAUUACGUGAAGAGCUUCCACCGACAUGUUAAGGUUCACGAUUUGGGAAUUGAAUAAUUUACAACAACGUAACGCACGAAAUGCUUAUCAUUUUUUCCCCAAUUUUCUAAUCCCAAGUCGCCCAAGCAUAAAAUCAGGGUGUCAAUUAUAUCCCAAAAAUGGGUCAAUAAAGGAAUACCUUGAACUCGUGGGAUUCUUAAAGAUUUCUCAGCCCGGCCUCCGUCUACACGAAUCAAGGUAUUUUUGGAACCGCAAAUUGACGGAUUACUGGUUAAGGUUUCCUGUAAACGGAAGCCCGAUUGGCCUAUAAAAAAAAGCCCUGAUUCGCUUAGACGAGACCUCAGACCUUUCUUCGGCCAAGCCUGCCAUCAGACCCAUUUUUAAGUGAUGUUUACCCUGAGAGAAGUUGUAUUAUUUCACGCUGUGUGAAAGUAGUAGCCUGCUCACAUACCAUCUAUUUUCUCUAAUGAGUCCGCCGAGCGCGCGUGAUAAAAAUAAAAACAGCGGGGGAAUUAAAUGACCGCUAGUGCAAGGGGGUCGAGGUAGGGGAAGACGAAAAUUAUUUUUCUUUCUCGCGCUCGCCGAUCAUCGAAAAGAAGAAUAAAGCAACGUCUGUGUACAGGCUAUGAAGGUAGACAUUCAGUAAUGGAUACUAACUUCCUAUCCCUUUUAGGCAAAGAAGACAAUUGUGGAAUAAAACGUGCCCUUCUUGAGGUCAUUGCUAGCGGAGUGGUUACCAGGCCUCAAGAUGUGGAACGUUACGCGGCCUGUACCCUCUUCGCCUCAGUCCCCUCGCAAGAAAAUGCAAGUGAUUCAGAUGCUAUUAUUAAGACGACUGUGGAGUUUUUGGUACAAAAUGAAUUUGUUCGUUUACAAAAGUGUGGCGAUGCAGACCGUGAUGGAAAUAAAGAAAAUCAGAACGGCAUCGAGGAGGUAACAUUCAAUUAUGUGACACUUUUUCAUAAAUUUGGGCAGAUGAAAGGAACUGUUAUGAAACGUUCUAAAUGAGGAGUGGUAUAUUAUUAUUGGCCUCUGUGCGCUAUUUAACUAGUAUUACGUCUCUCUAUUACUUCUAUUGAUUCUCUCAUUGCAUGUACUUUCGUAUCAAAGUGAUCUUUUGAAUCUGUUUUCUCUCAUCUCCUCAAAACCAGAACUUUUAACUUAACGACGACUUUUUAUAUUAACAGCCGACAUUUCUUGACGCCACCACUGGUUUCCCCAUGAAAUGACGUCUGAGAAACGAGCGUGGAAAUUCCACACUGAUGACGCGUCACUACCCAGAUCUGGAUAGUGCUUCUGAUUGGUCGUGCUGCAUGGGAAAUUUGCUUCAGCCAAUCAGAAGCAAUACCUAGAUCUGGGUAGUGACGCGUCAUCAGUAGGGAAUUUCUGCGCUCGUUUCUCAGACGUCAUUUUAUGGGAAAACCAGUUUAUGGCAUCGGCUGUUUCGUCAGGGUAGUCUUAUACGAGUGUUUUUUAGAUUUUGUUGUUUUCUCUACCCGCUUAGGAAAUUUAACCUGAGUUAGAGUUGCUUAAAUUAGAAUUUUCAAAAUCAAGAGAAGAAAGCCAUCGAACAGCGAGCCCCUGCUCAUUUUAGUCUUUUUACGGUGCUUUCUCGAAUAAAAUGAAAAAGGUAGUAAGAAACAGGACCCUCUAACAACCUCAGCCUUCUUCAUUUUUUCCGUUGGUUUCGUGGUUCGGCUACUACUGAUAGCUGGAUUGUCAGUGAGUUAAACCUGGACUGAUUCUAAAAAAUAAUUGAUUAGACGGAUCCUGUUUGGUUCAAUUGCAGGCUGAAAAGGCUGAUGAGAGAUACGUACCAACUCAGCUAGGUAUGGCUACGUUAUCGUCAGCUCUAUCCCCGGAUGAGGCUCUUGUGGUGUUUUCUGAGGUGCAGAAGGCCCGCAAGUGUUUCGUACUUGAGAGCGAAUUGCACAUUAUUUACCAGGUGAGAGGGAAACCAGACUUACCGUAAAAUUCUUGACGCGAACGCUCAUUUUCAUUCACCCCAAGCUGAGUCAUGGAAGGAAAGUGGAGGGCAUGGAGACGAUGUGAUAACUAGCGUGUUUUUUUACGAAAACAUGAAUAUGCAGGAUAACAAAAACUUGUUUAUACCAAAAUCGUAGUAAAUAGUACCGUUUAACAGGUUCCCAGGUGGAGUUUUAAUUAAAGCUUAGAUUCCAAUGAAAUCGAUGGCAUUUAGGCUCUGUUUUUAUCUUACUUAAUGUCAUGUCACAAAUUACAGCAUUCAUUGUUUCAUAUAUUUUUAGCUUAAUUUUUAUUCAAUUUAUAUAUCAUUGUAUCACUGUAAUUUUUAGAUUUGCCAUCAUUUUAACGUAUUCAUUAUUUGUAAAUUAAUUACUUGUGUCACUGAAAAGCCUUCUGUAGGGAGUGUCAGUAAAGUUUGUAUAGUUUCUAUUGUUUUUGUGCUUCGAGGGGCCCUAGUGAGUGAAUCUGUGCUUUAUAAUCUCACAACAUUGCAUAACCAUUGUGUAACUGUUGACCACCUAGGUUACUCCAAUAUAUAUUCAAGAUCAGUGGCCCAGCAUUGAUUGGUACCAGUACCUCCGUAUCUGGGAGCGCCUACCUGCAAGCAUGCGUCGUGUGGGCGACCUGGUAGGAAUAGAGGAGGGAUUUCUGGCCAGAGCCGUGCGAGGCCGUAUAUUGACACGUACGGAACAACAGCGUCAGUCACUCGCCGUGCAUCGCAGAUUCUUUGCUGCUUUAGCUCUUCAAGACCUCGUUCACGAAGUGCCACUCAAUGUAGUUGCCAGGCGUUACGGUGCAAACCGCGGCAUGUUACAGUCUCUACAAGGUUCCGCGGCAACAUUUGCGGGAAUGGUGACCAUGUUCUGCGGGAAACUUGGUUGGACUAACAUGGAAUUGCUUCUCUCGCAAUUCCAGAGCCGAUUAUCUUUUGGCGUUGUGCGUGAGCUUUGCGACUUGGUGAGAAUAUCUCUCUUGAACGCUACGCGUGCGCGUAUGCUGUACAGUGCUGGCUAUCACACCAUCGCUUCCGUGGCUGCAGCACCUCCCUCUGCGAUCGAAAACAUACUACAUAACGCUGCUCCAUUCGUCAGUGGACUCAAGCGCGGUCAGGAGACUGAGACCGAGGUGCGUGAGCGUAGCGAGGCACGCGUUAUCUGGGUCGCAGGACGGAGAGGCCUUACAUUGGGAAAGGCCGCCAAGCUUAUUGUCAACGAAGCUAAACAACUUCUGCAGGCUGACGUGGCACAACUUGGAAUUGAGUGGAAACCGUCAGAGACUGAGGAGAAUGAGGCGAAUAUGUCUAGUAUGGCUGAUAUGAGGCCGAAUAAUGGCAUUGCUCAGUCAACGGUCGCUAUCCAAAGUGGUGCAGAUGCAAGAGUUCCUACCAGAAUAGAUAAAGAUUGGAAAAUGAAUGUUGAAAAAUCGAACCCAAAAUCCCGCGCGAAUGAUCCUUCAACUGACAUACAAAGGAAUAGGUUGCAGCCCGCACAAACUGGAAUUGCCCCGGAUGGCAAUCAUGGCCAAGAGAUAGUUAAGUCAGGAAAGCAAGAGAAUAAAGUGGUUGUACCAAGUUCUCUUGCAGACAAAAUGCCCAUCAUCUCCAGCGCCGGGUCGUCUUUGGCAAAUGUCCAGUCAAAGGUAUCAGUAAACAAUAAAGCCACUGAUCAUGACGUAACGUGUCGAGUGAAAGGCAAGAUAAUGGAGAGUGUGGCUUCAAAAUUGAUAUAUGAGGAUUGCGGUUCAAUAUCGGUGGCCCAAUUACAGCCGACAGUUACUUGUCGCGCUAAGGAAAAGCCUCACACUGUCUCGAGUCCUUUACUGCCUUCCGAUGACGUUCCUCGUUCGAGAAAGAAACGACGCUCGCCAAUUUCUGUAUUACCAGGACCACAAGAAAAAUUAACGAAAAAAGAAACAGCGUCUGUGGAGAUAUCGGAGGUGUCAAGAGCCCGUCCAAAUGAGUCAGAAAACGCUUCCGUUGUUGCUGAAGCUUCUUCUGAUUCUAAACUCUGUAACGAGGUGCAGUCUGUUUCGGUGGAGUUGUAUUCUGAGCCAUUUGAAGGAGAAGAACCUGCUGUACAGGCAAAACCGGUUGCCGGUGAGCGGGAUGAUAAUAACGUUUUGUUAGAUUCCCAAGCACUGGCUGCGUGUAGUUUGAGUGACACCUGCCUCAUGGAGUGUGACGUCAUGAUUACAAAUUCAGGACAAAAUCCAGCGGCGCAUGCGUCUCCUGUUAAACGAAAAGAUUCCGCUUCAAAAGUCAUGCGCGACAAAGACACCAUUGUUGUCAAGCCUCCGUCCGGUAAUGUUGCUGCGGAUCAAAGUCAAGAACUUAUUGGUGAAUAUGACACCCAACCGCGACUUCCCGCGACUGGAGAGUUUCACGUGGAGCGAAGUUUUGAGCUUGUGUCAUCGUUGACCUCUCCUGUACCUCACUCAUCUAGAUCCCCAUCUGCUAAUAAUGAUCUAGUCUCUCCCAACAUAACGCACUCGUUUUUGCUUCGUCUUUCAUCUAGCGAUGGUUGCUUAGAGUCGGAUCUAUCCACGCUGGCUGCCUUCGAGUUAAUCGAGAAAGAAGCUGAGGCGAAAAAUAUAGAAGGAAAAACAGAGACAGCUGUGAUUUCGGGUGACGAUGGUUUUACUAAAAUUAACGAAUUGAAAAUCCCGAUUGUUUCCGGUCACGUGCAAGAAAUAUCACCAGCAAAGAAGAUACCACGUAAAGAAUUGCAAGAAGAUCUGGAAAAUAAAGGUAGCGAGGCGCUUGAUUCUGAUUUAGUUCCUUCUACGCCACCAGUAGAAAAGAAACCUUCCCAAGACGAUUUUAAAACCAGAACUUCAGCGACCCCUUUGUCUACAAGAAAACGGCUCUCGCCAAGACGCUCCCGUUUUUCUAAUACCCCGGAUGAAGGGCUGGCCAUUAUCGAUGUCACGGGACACGAGCAAGUUUUCUCCAUGUUCCUGAAAGAAUGGCGCAGUCAAACGCGCUACUCGUUGGCAGUGGCUUGUGAGCGCGUUCUUGAUAAUGUUCCUAGGAUUGGAGGCCGAUUUACUACUAAUGUGCCAACGUCGGAAGGAACCUCGCGAGGACUCACAGUUGAAGGAGAGGAUCAGGUAGUUGUCGGAGUUGCGGUGAGCUGGGGCGACAAAGACGCUUAUUACGUGUCUUUUAAGGAGCAUGCUCAGCCUUCACCCAACCAAGCGGACGACAGUCAGACUGAGUCAGCGGUUGAUAAUAACCUGACUCUUGAUCGUCGUGUAAACGCAUUAAAGGAUGUUGUUCUGUUCUUGACUGAGCAAGGCCGGUUCAUGGUUUGUUUUGACGUCAAGGAGCAUUUUAAGGUAAGAAAAACUGAGUAAGUUAAUCUUUGGAAGGGAAAUAAAGAGCAAUGGGCUUUAAAAAUUGAAUUCUAUUUUUAAUUAAUACUACCACUGCGAUCGGUAGUUGUUAUACAGUAAAUACCCGCCUGUAAGAACCUACUGUUUUAAGAACCUGCUGGGAGAAAUGUACCAUUUUUAUACUAAAAAAUAUAAGAACCUGUUUAGCCAAGCAAGAUCAAGCAGGUUCUUAUAUAUGUGGAUCAUAGUUAAAAUAUGACGACCAUUUUAACCAAGGAAUUAGACUUUGAGAGUGUAAAUUUAUAUUACAAGAAAAUGCUUGAUUUGUGAACUUUAUUUUUCUUAAUAUAUUUUUAUUCUACAACUUACGUUAUGGGGAUAACGCUACAUUGAAUACAUUCUGUAAUCAGUUUACUUAGGCUUAUAAUAAUACAGUUGUGAAGAAAUACUGUUUAUUUAAGGACCAAACAAACCAAGUUUGACCAAACCCAAGUUUUACUGGUAGCCAACGACUAUAUUUCCUUCAUUGUAAUAGACCAUUUUCGAUACGUUUAAAAUUAUACUUGGCUCCGAGGCUUGGGGGAAUAAAACAAAAGAAAUGCAUUAUUCAUUGCUGAGCCUCGAGAUGAUUUCUUUUGUUUUCUUCCCCCAAGCGUCGCAGUCAUGUAUGAAUUAUAAUACAUGUAUAUCGAGAUUGGUCUAUCAAGAACAUGAUUAGUAAUAAGAACCUACUUAGCGUAAAUUGCCAGUAACUACUCCAAAAUACAAGAACCCUUUUGCCAAACUUCAAAAAAUGUAGGUUCUUACGCGCCGGUUUUUACUGUAGCAUAUGUAACUAGGUUCAUUCUCAAGUAAUGGCUUUCAAAAAUUUAUACGUUCGCGAUAACGCCACAAGGAAGUAGCAAGAAACAGUAGAGAACUAAUGUUAGUGCAAUGUUGGAACAGUGUUUGUACAGUGUUCAAGCUGUAUUGAUGUUUGCGAAAUCCUGGUGAGCUGGUGUAUCCUCUAGUGUUCAUAAUCCUGGAUUCGAAUUUCCCAGCUAAAGCGUCGUUUGUGUUUGGUUUGCCCGCUACAGACGAUUCACGCGACUGAUUCUACUUGCUGUGAUCAAUUUACCAGCAGAAGUCGUUCGCAUAUUUAUGUGGAGACUGGGAUAUAGCUUUCAUCGUUUCCUUAUAAAUGCUCUGAGAAUAUUUUUUGAUAAAUCGUGGUUUGGUUUCUUUUCGAUUAAGCUUAAUUUAAAUUUAACCUUGUUAUGUCAAAUUGAUGAUUUAUUUAUAUAAACACUGCUGAGGGUAAAUAAAAGAAUUACGUAAUUAUUGUAUUUGAUGGCAGUUUUUCUUUCCUUAUAAUGUUUUAUCUCUUCAGACCUUUGCUCGUUCCAGUGGCAUCUCUCUUAAUGGACCUGCUGAGGAUCCAAAGGUGGCAAAUUGGCUUUUGGAUCCAGGGGCUAAAGAAAGGAACCUUCACCAGCUUGUUGCGCAGCACCUACCUGAGGAGGCCCCCCUUCUGGAAGGUAAGUAUACAUAACGGACCAUAAUUUGCCUUAUAAUCAUUAGGCAUUUUUUAUGGUCCUUAUUUUAGCAUCCUCUGGAAUUAGCAUUGUAGUAUUGACCUUUAAAAGAAAACGCUGCAAACCAUUGUAAACCACAUGAACGCCCUCCUUUCAUUUCAGGCAGUGGUGGUGGACUGGGUACUGGAGGUCUGGCACUAGCAUAUCAGUGUCAACAGAGUGGUCGAGUGAGGGCCUGUGUCGAGUCUGUAUUGGUUCUGUCGCUGAUGAACAAGUUACGGCCAUUGUUGGAAGCAGAGCAGCUUCUGUCGGCAUUUACAAAGGUUUGUGUUCCAUGUUAUACAGUUCAUUUGCUAACAAGUACUGAGCUUUUUUUUUUAAAGCAGGAUUAAGAUAGCCCAAGGUAAGCACGAAAUUUGAAUCCAGGUCUGAACGUUUACAAAUUGAAUUAGCGAAUUUAGGCUGAUUUUUUCUGUCUACAAUUUGAUGUUUGGACGCUCUGCUGUGUCUAGUUAAAAUUUACAGGGAAAAUGCCUUCAAACAAAAGAAACAGGAAAUCGGAUUAAAAUUCGAACAACUGGGCCCUGGACGUUAUGAGCGCUACAGUAUUUUAGGUCUGUUUAAAGUAAGGACCUAGCCUCAAGUGAUCAAAAGGUGGAAAGUGCUACCCACUGGAAAAAUCAGCAUCCAGCUGAUAACGCAAUUGGUUUCCCUAAUAGUUUAACAGUGUAUGGUGAUUUGUCUGGUGGAUAGUUGUAUCCAUUUUUUGAACAAAUGGGCCAGGAUUACAAUGUUAGGUGCGAUUGUCACAACUAGAUCAGCUUUUACAGGGUGUCAAGAACGUACUAGCCUAAGACUCAUUUUAACUAGCCCUCUAAAAAUUUUUGACGAGAAGAAUUGAUAACAGUUCUUUAGUAAUUCGAAUUCCCUGUUUGUAGUUAUUUUGGGUGCCCCUUAACUGUAUGUAUUUUUAGUUCUAUACCAUGUAUUUUUUCAAGUUGCUCAACUUACAGUUCAAAAUAAACGUUGUUGUCAUUGUGACGAUCGUUUUCAAGCCUCUGACAAAAGACAGCGAUAAAUGGCUACCCGACUGCGAAUGGCUCGUUUUCGUCGAUGUAAAUGUUGUUUAACCUGUUAUUGUUAAACUAGUAUCGUUGCUUCAAUUAUCACUGUAGGUAGAGAUGCCAUCUGUACUCUGCUUAGCUCGCAUGGAGCUAAACGGUGUGGGUUUUUCAGACGCACAGAGCGAACGCCUCAAAAACAUCCUGCAAGCUAAACUGCGCACGCUCGAAGAGGAAGCAUACCGACUGGCCAAUCAUAGCUUCUCUUUGACCAGCCGUGAAGACGUAGCACAGGUACGAGGCAGAAGGUGA